AGCCGAACAUUCAUUUUCUCUCUGGAAACCGGUAAAUUUGAACACAAACAUCGAGCAUAACCUCAACCACAGUUGGAAUACAUUUGUCGUAAGGAAGGAACACAGUCAACAAUAAUGCCAGUUUUUGAUCCACUAAACAGUGACUACGCAACUCAACUAUUUGCGACGAUUGGAGAAAAGUUGUACUUGAACUCUGAAGUGGCCGAUGUUCACUUUGUCUUCGAGUCAAAUGAUGACAACGAACGAGUCCCGGCACAUAAAGCCCACUUGAUGACCGGAAGCGAUGUCUACGCCAAAAUGUUCAGUGGAUCAUGGAAAGAGAUGGAUACGGUGAAGGUUGGCGAUGUAUCGGCUGCUGCCUUCAAGGAAUUUCUCCAGUUUUUCUACUUUGGCCAAGUUAAGCUAACGAUGGAAAACGUCGCCGCAGUGAUGAAUCUCGGUGAAAUGUACAAUGUGACCGAGUGUUUGACAGUGUGCACCAAAUUCCUGAAAAACAAUCUAAACGAUGACAACGUUUGCCGAAACUAUGGAUUAGCAAUACUCUUCAACCAAGACGAUCUUAAGCAGUCGUGUGAAACGGUUAUCGGACUCAACACAAAUGCUGUGCUCAAGUCAACUGGUUUUUUGUCAUGCGAUCAAAAAGUCUUGGUCGAGAUUUUGAGACUGAAUUGGUUGUCGUGCACAGAGAUCGAGCUCUUCGAGGCAUGCAUGUAUUGGGUCAAAGCAACUGUCGAGGAGGGCGAUUUAACCAAGGAACUGAUGCAAGUUAAACUCGGUGAUUCACUUUAUGGUAUUCGAUUUGGAUCGAUGUCAUUCGAAGAAUUUGGAGCGCUGAUGCCAGCAUAUGGACAUCUGUUCGUGGGCAACGAACUUGUGGACAUCAUUCAAAUGAUUACAAACAAAGAAUUCCAAGCGGCAAUGUUCAAUGGAAAUCGCGAGAAGCGCAGCGAUUCAAAUCCAUGGGAAACGAAUGAAUGGUUUUAUUGCAAUCGAUUGCUCUCGACAUAUAAAGUGAUUAAACCAUAUUUUAUCAAAAAUUUGGAAACAACCAAGUUCUCCAGCAACGAGCCAUUUUUGCUAAUAGGUUUCACUAUUCAAUACAUUAAAAUCUACCGUGACGGAAAAUACACUAAGUGUGAAGAGGUUUCAACAGAAAUUACUAUAGUCGAAAUGUCCGUUCCCUAUGAUUCUAAAAAAGAAGUGGUGAUGUACAAUGGGGAAGCAAAAUUGACAAGUAAUGAGUUUCCGUUAUCCACACCGCUUCUUAUUAGACCUGGAUUUUUGUACGAAAUUCGAUUGAAGCAAAAUCCCCCGGAAAAUUGUGCAAUUGGCCUUCCACUAAAAUCUGAAGUCCAGAUGAAUGAUGUCAUCACCAUUCAAUUUCAUGAUGACCCAUUGAUACCAGACGAUAUAUCGCCGACAAAUUUAAUAUACAGACUGCAUUUCAACAAAAUCGGAAAGUAGCAUAUGUCAGAGUUGUAAUCAAUUUCAUUGCUACCAAACAUUACCUGAUUGAUAUUGGGUUUGCUAUUGUGAUGAAAUUACUUAUUCUAUUUUAAAUGAGUUCAAUAAAUAAAUAGUCCAAAA